CUCUUCGGCGGUAGAUAGACUGAGAGUAAAGUAGCAUGGCGAGGAGCCUCCUAAACCGCGGCCGCCGCCUCAUUAGCCACCACCGAGUCCCAUUCCUUCCGCCUGCGCUCUCCCGCUGCCUCUCCCCUACCGGGACCGGGGCCCCAUCGCAGCCGUCGCCGGAUCACCACCACAACAAAUCAGAUAGUACCAGCAGCAGCAGCACGGCAUCGGAGGAGGAGGACGACGAGGGCGCAGCCCUCCCGUGGAGGAGAUGGAGGCCCGACGUGGCCUGGCUCUCCAAGGCCCUCGAGCCAGCACUCCAGCUCUACAACCAAUACAAGCCUCUCCUCACUGCCACUGCCACUGACAAUAUCCCCGCGAGCACCCGCACCUUCAGCGAGAUCCUAAGUGACCUCCAGCGGAGUAAGGUUAGCAUCAAGGACUGGAGCCUCACUGAUCUUACCAUCGGCCUCUACCUUAUCUAUCUCAGCCAAGCUUCUGCAAAGGAUGCUCAAGCCUUUCAGGGUGUCCAUAUAUCCUCUAGUGACAAGGUUCAAGAACUGGUUUAUCACCUUGAGCUUGCAAGAGGUUGCUACAAGGGCAAUGCAACUGGCCUUGCACGCCACAGUAUGCUUCGCAAGCGGAAUGUUCUCAAAUUCAUCAAGGACUCUAGUAUUCUGAGACCUGGUUAUUACAUUGCCAUUGAUCCUCGCACUAAACUGGUGAUCCUUGGGAUUCGUGGAACUCACACUGUUUAUGAUCUUGUUACCGAUUUGAUUGCUCUAAGUGAUAAGAAAGUAUCACCUAAAGGUUUCUCAACACACUUUGGAACCUAUGAGGCCGCCCGAUGGUACCUUCGCCAUGAGCUGGGAAUUAUCAGAAAGUGUUUGGAAAACCAUAAGGACUACAAGUUGCGCCUGGUAGGACACUCCCUCGGAGGAGCUUCAGCCGCAUUGCUUGCUAUAAUGCUAAGGAAGAAAUCAAAGGAGGAACUUGGAUUUAGUCCUGACAUUAUUUCAGCUGUUGGAUAUGGAACCCCACCUUGUGUCUCUAAAGAAAUUGCUCAAAGUUGUGCAAGCUACGUCUCAACUGUUGUACUGCAGGAUGAUAUCAUCCCAAGGUUAAGCGCAGCUUCACUGGCAAGAUUGCGAGCCGAAAUACUCAGAACAGAUUGGGUAAGUGUUUUGGAAAAGGAAGACUGGAAGCAUAUAGUGGACAUUGUGACCAAUGCUAAGCUUGUGGUAUCAUCAAUUCAAGAUGUGGCACGCAAGCUUGGUGAUUAUGCUAAAAUUGUGACAGUAUCGACUAGUUCUGAUGCCGUCAAAGAUCCAGAUAGAGCCCUAAGCUCUAGGGAGGUAUUGUUACCGAACAGUAAAGAGGAUGUGUUUGUGCCUGAGGAUCUGUUCCUUCCUGGGACUCUGUAUUACAUCAAGAGGGAUAUUGAAGAUAUAAACGGUGUGGAGGAUGAGUCGUAUACGCUGUGGAGAGGUGAUGCCGGGGAGAAUUUCCAGAGGAUACUGUUAUCUGGCAAUUUGAUAUCCGAUCACAAAUGUGAGAGCAUAUAUUACGCUCUGAGAGAUGUGCUCAAGACAUUGCCGCUCCGGGAUGACAAGUACUAAUGACUUUUUCCUUUUCUUUUUCUUUUUAUUUUUAUCAACUCUCAACCAAUUAAAUUGCGCACUCGAAGAGGCUGGAUGAAUCGAGCGGGCAAAACAUUUUUUUUUUGUUUGGGAAAAUAGAGUUUGUUGUACAGUUUUCUGUCUGUAAGGAAAGACAGAGACGAAAUGCUAAGAAUGAGCUUCUAAACAAUACUUUUGUCCUAAUCAUCUAGAUAAUCCCUCCUUGAAAACAAUCUGUUUUCAAACGCUACAUUUUUGUAGUGAAUUUUCACAGGAAACAAUGUUUUAACUAUCUAGAAAAACA